AGGAAAGAAAUAUAAAGAAAAAGCUGACCUUACUGGGACAAAUCGGGUGGAAGAAACAGCUUCUGGUCAAUCCAUUUUUCGGAAUGAGUCAAACAAAACAUCACCGAAUAUCGAAGGUUCCACGUCAACCAGAACAUCAUCUGUGACUCAAGGUUCUAAUUCUGAAAGAAUAACUAUCCCUCCCCUAAAAAGACAAAAAGCCCUUUCCUUUGCCGAUGAACCAGUUGGUAAUCCUCUACCACCUACAGAUAAAGAAUCUUCCAUUAGUGUUUCACAACAAGAUGAUGAUGAAUUAUUAUGUUUGUCCCAAGAAUCCUUCCUUUCAAGAACUUCAGGGCAAUCACGCGAUUCCUUUUCUAUGAGCUUAGAUGAAGGGCUUUCUAAUUACUCUUCCACAGAAAAAACAAGUUUGACAACCGAUGAAUUUAAUUAUACCAUAAAAUUAUUGGACCAAAGGAUCAAUGCUUUGUACCAAUUGUGUCGGUUUAUAGUAACCAAACAGAAAGAAACGUCUAAAAAUAUUAAAAAACUUCUUGCAUUUGAUGAGCUUUCUGACAGUUUCUGGAAUAAGGCAUACAAAGAAGUUGCAAAAGAACUAAUACCGAAAAUUUUAUAUCCUUCUACAAAAGAAUAUAGAAUUGCUUUGGAAAGAUAUUUAAAUGACCACGCUAAUCAUUUUAUUGGUUCAAUUGGAAGAAAUGCCUGGAUCUCUUACUUUACAGAGAAACUUUUGCCCGAAGUAAAAAAUAAAUGCCGCAUUAAAAGAAAUGAUUUAGCCUCCGCCAUCCGCAGCGCUGUUUUUACUGUCUUUAGCGAAGAACAGCUUGAGAUGGUGGAUAAUACUAUGCCCUCUGCGAAACUUGCCGAGUGGAAGACUUCCGAGAAAACUCGUGCUGCUUAUAAUUUGCUUUUUGAAAAUAACGAAUUGAUCAUCUCUAUUUGUUACUCAGCUUUUAAACAAUUCCACGGCAAAAAUCUUUCUCCAAUGCAUUGUGCCUAUACUAUGGCAAUUUGCGAUAUUUUGCUAAAUCCCAAAAGUUCUAGUAUAAAAUGCUCUGAUAAAGCAAUUACAAGACGAGUUCGUGCCUUUAUGAAACCCCAAAUCGAAGUCACGAGAAUAGAUCAUCCAACACUUUGCCAUAAACAGAAAGUCUAUGCUAGUAUAAAUAGAAAAUUUGUGCGAAUACGCAAUUUGGAGUACUUACCUGACAUUCGAAUGGUUAGUAGUGAAGAUCCAGAAGGUUGUGGUCGUAAGGUCAAUCUUGGUGAUGUGCCAAAGAGAAACACUAGUGGAACGAACAAUCUCAGAUUUCGUUAUAAUGAGGGAAUAGACGUUAAAAAGGAUGAAUGCAAGGCAUUUCAUGAGGGAAGGAAAUAA